GAAUAUAUUUGCAAUUAACCAAAGAUAUGGUUUUCUUUCAAAGAUAUUAGAUAUUUAAAAAUAAAUAAAAAUACGAUAACUUAAUAUAAAUUUCACAUAAAAUGGCUGGAAGUCGUUUAGAAAAAAUAGGAACAAUAUAUACAAGAACAACAGGAUUAAUUCGUUCAGGGGCCUUAAGGUGGGAGGAUCGGCCGUUAUGGUAUGAUAUUUACGAAUCUUUUCCACCAAAAGAAGAACCUAGAUUUGAUAAACCAAUUCCAAAUAUUAAACUGAAGACAAUUUUUUAUAAAGAAGACAAGAUAAGAGCAAUAUUUCACAGAAAUAAUAAACAGCUGGGCACCACAAACUUGUUUAAGAAUAACUACAAGUCCUUGACUCAAAAAUUUGUAGAUAUUUAUCAGAACCUGGAAGCUCGUGCAGAGGGUUCUGCUACAGAAGAACAGUUAUAUAAGGAAGCCAUAGAGGUACUACGAAGAGAUAAAGAGGUGAAAAAAGUUGAUGAAGAGGAACCUAUUUCUUUAAGUACUGCUUUUAAGGAGGCUAGAUUGGAACAGAACAAAAAUCAAGAAAAGCCCAAGUUAAAUAUAGCAAAUAUAUUUAAAGAGUAGUUAUCUUUCGCUAAUGUAGUAGGGCAGCAUUUUGUUAAUACAUUUAUUAAGCUAU